AUGACGACGUCGACCGUUGCCAUAAGCAUGGCCUGCUUCCGCUUCUUAUGGCUCCUCAUCCUGCCCGGCCUGGCUUACGCGCAGAGUGUACAGCCCUCUAAUACAACUAUCGCGGCUUCGCAGAUGAACCAGUUACGUUUGACCGGAGGUCCUCUCUUCCAAGUCAAACCACCAUAUAAUCUUCUCCCUCUUACUGCGGAGACCGGCAAGGGAUCCAGCAAUCCAAAUUCCGUAGCCGCAAUAUCAGCUACAGGCACCUUGAAACAUAUCGAUCCCCAGAACCUUACAAACUUGACGACCGGUGAUGUUGGAUAUAUAAGUUGUGAUCCAGACGGCUCCAACAUCGACCCUGCAAGCGUAUUCGAGAAAGCUGAAACGAGCAAACCGCAAGCCAUUAUCCUCUACACUCUGGACGCGGUUCAAUGUAAUCUGACUGGGCCAUACACAUUCACCACCAUUUACUCUACAACCUCGGCCAAAGACGCCCAAGACAUUCUCGAUACCAUUGCACUCUAUCCAUCAUCAACAGACAUACAACCGACCGCCAUGAUUGCAACAAACACCACUGCAAGUGCGACCACGAGCGCGACCAAUGACCCUACAGGUAAUCCAGCUCCGACUACUGCCGUAGCUAUGAGUAUUCUCUACAGUAUUACCGGCAUCAUUACCCUUCUCUUCUUAAUAAUUAUCGCUACUGGCGCUGUAAGAGCACACCGACACCCCGAGAGAUAUGGACCUCGAAAUAUAGCAGGAAGGCCAAGACAAAGUCGCGCAAAGGGAUUGGCGAGAGCUAUGUUGGAGACACUGCCGAUUGUCAAGUUUGGAGAUCCAGAGCCCGUUAAGCCCGGGAGCGGAGAUGUUGAACUUGAGGAUGGAACGGCUAGUCAUACGGCACCUACGGAUACCACAGCAGAGGGUGUUGUUGAUGGCAGGAGGAAGUCGAGUGGGACAGAAACGUCACCAGAGACGUCAGUAGCGUUAGGCAUGGCAGCUGCGGAAGAAGGGUCUACGAAGGAAGGAACAGAAGCAGCAACUACAACACCACCAAAAGAAGGCGACCUUGGCUGCUCGAUCUGUACAGAAGAUUUCACGACUGGUGAGGACGUCCGAGUCUUACCUUGCGCACAUAAAUACCACCCCGCUUGUAUCGAUCCCUGGCUAUUGAACGUGUCUGGAACCUGUCCAUUAUGCCGUCGCGAUCUCCGCGGAGAUGCUGAAGAACCCAAUUCACCCGAGGAAGCAGCCCGUGCAUCCACCGACCUCCCACCACCUCUAAACCUCGAAGGCACACUCGAAGCCUUACACCAUCACGAAGCAGGCGAGUCCUCCGAAGACGGCAAUAACCACCAACGUCACCGCAUAUCCCGCUUCCUGGAUCUCAACAGACUCCGUCAUGCAGCACCACACGAGCGCAUUGCCGCGCUACGGCAGUUGAGAGAAGAGUCGCGGACACAGGAGCAGAUUGAACAGGCUGUGGAGGGGCAACAGAGCAGGAGAACGAGAGUCACUGGACGCUUGAGGGAUACAUUCCGUAUUCGAACCAGGACACAGGAUUCUGCGCCGUGA